AGAUUGUUUGCCUCCCGAGAGCUCACACGGCUCAGUUGCCCAAUGCUCCUGGACCAGAUGCUCUGCAGGCUGCACGGGGAGGCGCGCAGGUUCUGACACCGCUAUCCAUACGUGGACUGUUUUCUGGACAACAAAACCGAAUUCCUAAGCCCUUGCAUGCUCUGUUAAUAGGUUUGACUGCCGACACAGAGCAAAGAUGGAUGUCAAACACAUUAAGGAUUACCUCUCAUGGCUGUACUAUCAAUAUCUUCUCAUCACAUGUAGCUAUGUCCUGGAGCCCUGGGAACAAUCCAUUUUUAACACCCUUCUGCUGACUAUUAUUGCAAUGGUGAUCUACAGCUCUUACAUUUUCAUCCCAAUUCACGUUCGACUGGCAGUUGAGUUUUUCUCCAGAAUCUUUGGAGGACAACAUGAAAGUACUGUGGCCCUUAUGAGCUGAGACAACAUAUGUUUCAGGGGCCUUUUGACUAUACCUAUACAUGGGAAAUGCUGCUUCUUAAAAUCAAGUGCUUUCGCAUCAGCUUGUGGGUGGAGGAUAUUGUACAACUAGCAUUCACUAUACUUCAUAUGUAAUGUGCAUGUUCAAAAUAUCCCCAGUCUAUCCAGAGCUUAAGCAGGAUAUUUGCCAGUAUUCUGCUAGUCAUUCUGAAAAACUGAAGGAAAAUCUUGGCAAACAAAAAUAGCCACAAGAAUGUGGGGUGUUAGCCAACAUAUCCAUGGAGAAUAUACAGGUCAUAUUCCAAAGAUUGGUCAGUUGCUACGCAUACUUUGAUACAACAUAUUUCAAGUUGAAAUAUGGCAGCACUCUGUAUGAAUAUACUCUAUUACAUGCUACAGUAUUGAAAUACUUGGGUGUUCCAGUUGCUGUGGGGUGCUCUGAUGUGACAGCACAUUAUAUAUCUUUACUAUUUAGAUGUGGUCCUUGUAUUUAAAUGGUAGAUUUGUGAAAACUGCUUAAUAGUGUUUGUACAUUUGUUGGGUGCCCCUCAGGUAGUAUCCUGUGAGCAUGUUGAAAACCUAAUAACUCAUGCAAUAGUACAAGGGAAUGUGCAUGGCUGCUGUAAAUCAUAUCUAAUUCUUCUAAGUAUGUUACCUCUAAAGAAGGCUGACUCUGUAAACACGUUGGUUUUGAUCUAUGUUGUCCGUAAAUUAAUUCUUCCAUCCUAAGACACUGUAAUAUAAUGUGAAGCUAUGUGGUCGUGGAAAAGGGUCAAUUUUAGGGAAGGACAGAAUUUUUACUCUAGGCUCUCCAGCUCACAGUGAACAGCGUAAAAUAUACAUAGUAUUAUACUGUGUAAGGGUAAUAGAUAUUUGUAGUAGUUUUGUAAAGGGUGACCACUCUGCCUCUCUUUGGCUGUCAUUAAAUUGCAACACCCAGCAUUAGUUAUCAGUCCAGCUAUUGGGUGCAAUGUUCUGUGAAUCAAUGCCUGGAGAUCAACAGGAUGGACAUCCCUGCUCUAAGUCUUUUGUCCUUCGGAUUGCCUUCCCACCAGCCUUCAUGUAUUGUCCAGCAACCACUUAUCUCUAUCUCGGUAAAGAGCAUACCUGGAAUUACCUAUGACACUGGAGCUAAAAGACUUUGGGCAAGGAAGCCUCGGAUAAUGGGCACUGUGGUUUGAAACCAUAUCCAGCAGGUCUGAGGAAUAAAAAUUAUGGACUAAGCCACAGCCCAUGUAUGAUGUCUGUGUCUUAGCCCGUCACAGUGCACUACAAGUGAUCUCACUUCUUAAUCUAUGCACGAAGACAAAUAGACAUUUUAUAAAUAAAAAUAAAAUCCAAGAUGA